GGUCACAUGACGCCAUUUGCUAGAUAACCAGCGUGAGCAGAGCUCAGCUGCAACAACUGUGAUGCUAGCUAGCUCGUGACUCUGCAUUUAAUUUCGUUCUAUAAACCCUUAAAGUGGUGUAAGCGGAAUUUAUUAAGCCACGCGUGUCUGUUUAAGGACCCAAGUUUCUGUUUUUGUGUCCUUUUGUAGCUUUUUUUCUUCUCAAGAGGCUACUCAUCGAGUUUUGAGUGUUAGCUAGCCGCCAAGUUGUUUCCCCCAAACUUCACAGAUCGAGGACGAUAUGAAUGUGGACAAUCAGUCUGUCACCACCGGAGCAUCGUCUAACGCCACGACAUCUUUGACUUCAAGCAAUUGUGUUACAAAUGAAAAUGCGACAAGUAACGUCGGCAGCAUCCCUGCAGUCACCAGCAACGCUUCGACCCCAGCCACUGCGGUGACGUCAUCAUCAUCAUCCGACUCGUCGGUGCCCAAUGGAGUUUAUGUGCCUGGAGGCAUCACUAAUGGAGACGUAAAGCCCAAUGUCUCCACAACCCCACUGGCUGACUUUGUCAUGCAACUGGAGGAGUACACUCCCACGAUUCCUGAUGCAGUGACAGGCUACUACCUCAACCGGGCUGGUUUUGAAGCAUCUGAUCCAAGAAUAAUCCGCCUGAUCUCCCUGGCCUCGCAGAAAUUCAUUUCCGACAUCGCAAACGAUGCCCUGCAGUACUGUAAAAUGAAGGGGACAGCAUCGGGGAGUUCAAGGAGCAAGACGAAGGAUAAGAAGUAUACUCUUACAAUGGAGGACCUGGCCCCUGCUCUUUCAGAAUAUGGCGUCAAUGUCAAGAAGCCCUAUUACUUCACAUAAAAUGUUUCUUCCUUUUGCUUUACUUAUUUUCCCCUGCUUGCUAACCCACUCGAUUGUCAACAUGCUCAUUUUCAAUCACAGUCCUCUAGGGCAGCUCUUUGAAGCCAUUUUUGUUUGUUUAUUUGUUUUUUGGGGGGGAUACCACCUUUGAAUUUUGGUCAUUCACAAAUUUAAGUUUAAAUAAACCGUUAAACAUAGAAAUGUGCACUCCUUUUCUUGCGUCAUACAGAAUUCUAUCUACAAUUUGAGUAGAUUUAGGGCCUAGCUCGGUGCCAGAAUCCAUCAAUGUGUUGUACGUUAUUUAAAA